GGAAAGAAAAAACAAACAAAGAAAAGCAAAAUGAUCAUAUAUUUUUAAAAAAGUCUUCUUGCUGAUUUAGUUAUCAUCAAGAUGUAGCUACCUGUACCUCGAGCAGAGCGCUUCAGUUUUGUGUUGGAUCGUUGAGGCUGGAUCACGUGAGAGGCUGGCAUUGGACACCAGACCGAAGGUUUCGAAAAUGAGAGAGGCUCAUAUCAGCCUAAGGAGCCGGAAUGGACACAUCAGAAUCCAGAGUUGUAAAGGGCCAGAAGGCAGCUCCCAUUCCAAAUUACAUUACUGAGGGCUCUGGGAUAUAUGAACGAAGAUAUAUUGGCCACUGCGCCGCACAUCAAAUAUUCUGCAACUAAAAUACAACAGAAGAACAUAUUUUCUGGAGGUCAGCGUAGAUGGAGAAAUUAUGUUUUUUUUUGUUUUUUUUUGUUUUAACUCCACAGCAUCACUCGUGAUUCAAAGUAGCACCUACGAUUUGGAUUAUUGUUUUUCAGUAUUUGUUAUAAAAUUGUUUUAAAAAUGAAUACCGUCUUACCUAAACUGAACCAAACACUUGAGAGGAAGAAACUUUAAAUAAACUCUGCUUGGGAUUCUUAUUAACAAGUAAUACACAUUUUAUACACAUACUCUGUAUAAAAAAAGAUUGGUCCAGACAGGAAGAGGCGACGGAGAGCAGUGGAGAGGCAAGAAGCUGUGACUCCGCUGACACGAAACCAACCGAGGAGCUGGAAGGUGAUGCUGUUAAUCCUGGCCUCUCUGAUGAUAAUUGUGGUCGGGGGGUCUCCCGGGGAGGGCUGGAGCCCCGAGACGAGCCCUGUGACAGAGGGGAGCCCAGGUGAGGCUGGCAAGGAGCUGGGCGAGGUGGCAGACUGGCCCUCCCCGGACCAUCUGGAGAUGAAUGAGUUGGAGGACAGCAGUGCACUCCCCCUCCAGUCCUCCUUGGACAACCUGUUAUCGGAGCCCUCUCUCCCUGAAGUUUCUGAGGACCAUCAAAACCGAUGGGAGCGCUCUGCACCAGGCUCCGGACAACAGAAAGGGUCCAAGAAGGGACGGAGAAAAAGCAAGCCUUCAUCCAGUGGGGACUGCAAGAUACGGACCCUACACGUCCGGGUUCAAGACCUGGGGCUAGGCUAUGAUUCAGAAGAGCUUGUGCUCUUCAAGUACUGCGCCGGGUCCUGCCAGCUCGCCCGCUCGAACCAUGAUGUGACUCUUAGUACACUGCUUCAGAAGAAGAUCAUCCAUGGGGGCCGGGGCGAGGAAAAGAUCAGUUCUCAUCCUUGCUGCCGCCCAACCCGGUAUGAGCCCAUCACAUUCAUGGACAUCCAGAACAGAUGGAAGGCUGUGGAGAAGCUCUCGGCUGCAGAGUGCAGCUGCUUGGGUUGACAGACACACACCACCACCUCCUUGUCUACAGAGAUGAUACAGAAUAGACAGGGCAGAGCUUCUAUUCAAAAAAAUUGUGCCGAUGUGGGGUUGUGACCAAAGGGUGCCGGGGUUGUAGAUCAGAAUGGAAGCCAGCAAGUCUAGCGGCUUCUGUGGUGGCUUUUUACCUCCAGGUGGAGCACUGAUCAUGCAUUCAGAACGUGGUAAUCCUUCAUAGGCUGGGACACCUUGAAGACAGGAGGAAAGAUCGACCUGGUGGUAAAGGGUAUGAUGUCUAUAAUCCCUGCUUGAUGCAUUGCCUGGGCUUCAAUUUGACCCCUCCACCCCUCAGUUCUACUGCUUUCUAGGAAGUUGUAAAACAUCUUGCCAGUAGCGACAAUCCCUGCACCCUGGCACCCAUUAGAUCAGCCAGGGCAGGACAGUGCACUUGCUAGUGGCUCUAGAGACACAGAAAGAAUGGGGGGUUAUCUGCAAGCACUGCCACAGGUCCAUUUAUGCUGCCAGUUACACUCGCUGGGAACCAUUGAGCAAAUUAUGGAGUUCCACCAGGAUCUUCUCAUGCAGAAUUGACUCUCGUCUUAGAAAGAAAAAACAUCAUUAAAAUCUAUGUACGUUUGCUUGUUUAUUCCUGUAAAUUCUGCUAGAUGGUAUUGUUUCAAAGGAGCUGCUUGGAUGUGUGCACCACGGCUGAAGGAACCAAUAGAAAGGAAGGUGAAGUGGGCCACACAUAAUGGACAGUUUGUGUAUUAGAUCGGACUGACGUGACCUUUUUUAUGUUUCAAACAAAUACAUUGCACUGGCAGAAAAGAAAAUAUACAUUUAAAAUGCAUUGUUUAGAAAAGAAAGUGAGGUCAUUUUAUAGAAUGGAGUGAGUGGAUGUCUGGAAUGAAAGAAAGGGCUAUUUACUAUCAGAGCUCCAGUCUCGUUGAAGUGUGCAUCAUGGGUUUGGAUUGCAUAAUUCUGAGACCAUAGACUUGCAGGGCAAGCUUUGUUAGAGCUGCACAAGGGAAGGUGAAGAGAAGAGUUUGGGCAUUUGCUCAUAACCAUCAGACUAGGUUUUUCUCUGAGCUGGCAGGAGAGCUGGAAAGACUAGUGGCAGUCCCUUUUACAUUAACAGCAUCACAUUUAUUUAAAUGCCAACCAUCAAUACACAGUUUUUUGUUUUCUAUUUAUUUUGUAUGUAUUUACUCAGGAUAGCUCAACUGGAAGGCCAUGAGAGAUAGUGAUCAAAGCAGAGGAAAAGCCACUAGAAAUGCAGUAGUAAUUCACUUGCAGUCACUGACUUCCUGUCUCCCCUCAGUCAAAUUUCUGGAACAGUAAGUCUGCUUUACAACCUGUGCAUUAGCAUUGGAUGCUAUGCAUCUCCUUAGAUUAUUGUACUAUAGGCAAAGUAUGCCAGAAUGCCUAGAACCUGGUUUAUUAAUGCAAAUGUCUGCUGCUCAAUAGGUUGUCAGAUGCAGCAUGGUUCACCAGUGCUGUAUGAGAACCUAGUUGGUACUGUAGAAUCCUGGUAGUAGAUUCUGUUUGAUGCAAUAGUUAAAUGAAAUCCAAUUUAAGCUUGUCACAAUAAAAUGUGAUUUUUUUUUUUUUUGAUUUUUUUUUAACAUAGUAACCUCACUAACUUUUGGACAAUGAAAAAUAAUAAUUGUGGGAAAUAGAGGGAGGUGGAUG